AUGUUCAUUUGUUGCUCUAGCCGCACAGCUAAUUAUAUAGCUCAAGUAUUACUACGACCGAAAGCGUCCGAUCUAACUGGCAGUUUUAGACUAUACAAAAAAUCAGUUCUACAAGAUCUGGUUUCGCGUUGUACUUCACGUGGUUACGUGUUUCAGAUGGAAAUGAUAGUUUUAGCCUCUUCACUUGGUUAUAAAAUUGGUGAGGUUGGAAUUACAUUUGUAGAUCGAUUUUAUGGCGAGUCAAAACUUGGUGGAACAGAAAUUGUUCAAUAUUUACUUGGAUUAUUACGUCUUUUCUGUACUUGUUAAUGCAAUUUUUUUUUUUUGAAAAAUAUACAUAUUUGAUCAUA